AGCGGAGGACGCCAUUUUCCCAGAGAGAGGCAGUGACAUAGAGGGAGUGUAGGAGUCCGAGAGGAGGGAGACUGGAGCAGCAGCGGCAGCGGGGUUUGUACUUAGGUCCCAAGGCAAAGGCGCUUCUCAGCUGGUCCCUGCCCAGGGUUCUGAGUGCCGAGCCGGUCUGGGGGACCCCUCUGCUCACUCCUCUUUCCCAGAGUCAGCUGAGGGCUGCGUCCUGCCCAGGCUAGGGACAUCCGCAGUGGGGCCGUUGCAUUGUUUUGGUUGGGAUAGGAAAGGGGCUCAGCUAAGGGGGACCUGCUGCCUGGCCUGUGAUCAUUACAGGGUUUGUGGAUGCACUUAGAUGUUUGCAAUGAGCACUGUGGCUGGCAUGCCCCAGUGUUUUGGAUACCAAUGCACAGGACUCCGUAGUAAUCGAAUUUAUCAGAAACGAACGUCAUGAGCAUAGUGAUCCCGUUUGGGGUUGACACAGCAGAAACUUCUUAUUUGGAAAUGGCUGCAGGCUCAGAACCAGAAUCUGUAGAAGCUAGCCCUGUGGUAGUCGAAAAAUCAAACAGUUAUCCACACCAGUUAUAUACCAGCAGUUCUCAUCACUCUCACAGUUACAUUGGUUUGCCUUAUGCGGACCAUAACUAUGGUGCUCGUCCUCCUCCAACGCCUCCAGCAUCUCCUCCUCCAUCAGUUCUUAUCAGCAAGAAUGAAGUAGGCAUAUUUACCACUCCCAAUUUUGAUGAAACUUCCAGUGCUACUACCAUCAGCACAUCAGAGGAUGGAAGCUAUGGAACUGAUAUUACCAGGUGCAUUUGUGGCUUUACCCAUGAUGAUGGAUACAUGAUUUGUUGUGACAAAUGCAGUGUUUGGCAGCACAUUGACUGCAUGGGGAUUGACAGGCAGCAUAUUCCUGAUAUCUAUCUGUGUGAACGUUGUCAACCUAGAAGUUUAGAUAAGGAAAGGGCAGUGCUGCUGCAGCGAAGAAAAAGGGAAAACAUGUCAGAUGGGGAUACAAGUGCAACAGAAAGUGGUGAUGAAGUUCCUGUGGAACUGUAUACUGCUUUUCAACACACACCAACUACAAUUACUCUAACUGCUACAAGGGUUACUAAGGUUAAUGACAAGAAAAGGAAAAAAAGUGGGGAGAAAGAGCAGAACAUUGCAAAAUGUAAAAAGGCUUUUCGCGAAGGAUCUAGGAAAUCUUCAAGAGUUAAGGGUUCAGCUCCAGAGAUUGAUCCUUCUGACAGUUCAAACUUUGGAUGGGAAACUAAAAUCAAGGCAUGGAUGGAUCGUUAUGAAGAAGCAAAUAAUAACCAGUACAGCGAGGGUGUUCAGAGAGAGGCACAAAGAAUAGCUCUGAGACUAGGCAAUGGAAAUGACAAAAAAGAAAUUAGCACCAGCAAUCUGAUCUUCAAACCUCCAGUAGAGAGCUAUGUGCAAAAAAACAAGAAAAUUCUAAAAGCUGCCAAAGACUUGCCUCCAGAUGCGCUUAUUAUUGAAUAUAGAGGAAAGUUCAUGCUGAGAGAACAAUUUGAAGCUAAUGGGUAUUUCUUUAAAAGGCCAUACCCUUUUGUUUUGUUCUAUUCCAAAUUCCAUGGACUAGAAAUGUGUGUUGAUGCAAGAACCUUUGGAAAUGAAGCUCGAUUCAUUAGACGGUCUUGUACACCCAAUGCGGAGGUGAGACAUGUAAUUGAAGAUGGAACAAUUCAUCUUUAUAUUUACUCCAUCCAAAACAUUCCAAAGGGAACAGAAAUUACUAUCGCAUUUGAUUUUGAUUAUGGAAAUUGUAAAUACAAAGUGGAUUGCGCUUGCCUCAAAGAAAAUCCUGAAUGUCCAGUUCUUAAACAUGGUUCCGAACCUACAGAAAACAUAAAUACUGGAUAUGAGACCAGAAGGAAAAAGGGAAAGAAAGAGAAGGACAUUUCAAGAGAAAAGGAAACACAAAAUCAGAACAUCACACUCGAUUGUGAAGGAGCAGCCACCAAAAUGAAGAUUCCUGAUAAUAAGCAGAGGAGACUUUCUCCCCUCAGGCUAUCCAUUUCCAAUAAUCAGGAGCCAGAUUUUAUUGAUGAUAUAGAAGAAAAAACUCCUAUUAGCAAUGAAGUAGAAAUGGAAUCAGAGGAGCAGAUUGCAGAAAGGAAAAGGAAGAUGGUAAGUUGGGAAGCAAGUAGCUACUUAAAGCUGUCACUAGGACUUAGUGAUGGCUGCUCUUCCCAUGCUAAUUUGCUGCCUUUUUAUGGGCUUUUAGAAUCUAUGAAGCCAGCACCUCAUAUACACUUUAACUUCAAAUCCAAGGCUUACUUGUUGAGUGAGAGCAUUUCCAUUUGGCUUGAUCAUCACCUCCUGACAAAGACGCAAAUCUGCUUUUGUUUUUAAAUGUGUAUAAUUUUC